GGUUCUCUAGACUGUUCCAACUUCCUUUUUCUGCGGAAAGCCGCUAAAAAUCCAAUCUUUGUUUUCCGGCGAUGUCUACUGCGGUCGACUCCUUUCCUUCUCUUCUCAUCCUCUUAUUGCCCCGGAUCACCUCUGCCGCGGCGUUUGUUCCCUUCGUGUUAUUUAUUCUCGCAACAGCUGCCCUCAUCUCCCCCGGCGGCAUCGCAUGGACGUUUACUCGAAAGAGGAACCCUAUUCCUGGGCCCGGAGGACUCGCCGCCGGAAUAGCUCUAGCAGGAGCUGCGGCUCACCGCGCGCUUGCGGAUUUAUCCCGUCGGUUUUCAUCGAUACACCUCAUGGCUUUUUCCGUUGGUUUCACCCGUUUCAUAGUUUCAAGCCAUCCGGAUACCGCUCGAGAAAUCCUAAAUUCAUCAGCUUUUGCUGACAGGCCGAUUAAGGAAUCCGCGCGCGAGCUUCUAUUUCAUCGCGCUAUGGGCUUUGCCCCUUUUGGCGAGUAUUGGAGAAAUUUGAGGAGGAUUUCUUCUACUUAUUUGUUUUGUCCUAAGCGCAUCGCAGCUUUCAGUGAGCGACGGAGGGAGAUUGGGGGGGAAAUGGUGGAGGAUGUGAGGAGUUUGAUGGGGAAGCAUGGGGAGGUUGAGGUGAAGAGAGUAUUGCAUUUUGGAGCUCUGAAUAAUGUCAUGGUGAGCGUUUUUGGAAAACGUUUUGAUUUUGGGAAAGGGGAAGGGUUGGAGCUGGAAGAGAUGGUUAGGGAGGGUUAUGAGCUGCUUGGGGGUGUGAAUUGGAGCGAUCAUUUGCCCUUUUUGGGAUGGAUGGACUUGCAGGGAGUUAGGAGGAGGAGCAGAGCUUUGGUGCAAAAAGUUAAUGUUUUUGUGGGGAGGAUUAUUGAAGAACAUAGAAUGAGAAAGGUUGGGGGAGUUGAGGAAGGUAAGAGUGGGCUUGGAGACUUUGUGGACGUGCUGCUUGAUUUGGAGAAAGAGGACAAGCUCUCUGACACUGACAUGGUUGCUGUUCUUUGGGAGAUGAUAUUUAGAGGAACUGAUACAGUAGCAAUCCUUCUGGAGUGGAUUCUGGCAAGAAUGGUUCUUCAUCCUGAAAUCCAAUCCAAAGCUCAAGCAGAAAUAGAAGCUGUUGUAGGGAACUCAAGACCUGUUACAGAUUCAGACAUCCCAAACCUCAUUUACCUUCAAUCAAUAGUGAAAGAAUGCCUUAGAAUGCACCCACCUGGUCCUCUCCUCUCAUGGGCUCGUCUUGCAAUCCAUGACACCAAUGUUGGAAACCACUUUAUUCCUGCCGGAACAACGGCAAUGGUGAACAUGUGGGCAAUAACACAUGAUGAAUCAUUCUGGGCUGAUCCCUGUGAGUUCAAGCCUGAGAGGUUCAUGGAAGAAGAUGUGAGCAUUAUGGGUUCGGACCUUAGAUUGGCUCCUUUCGGUUCCGGGAGGAGGGUUUGUCCUGGCAAGGCUAUGGGCUUGGCUACAGUUCAUCUCUGGCUCGCUCAGCUUCUUCAGAGCUUCAAGUGGUCGCCAUCAAUGGAGGGGGUGGACUUGUCUGAGUGUUUGAAGAUGUCGCUGGAGAUGGAGCAUCCUUUGGUUUGCUGUGCUGUUCCAAGAGAAUGAAGCUGGUUUAUGAUAGGAAGAUGAAAGAGUGUUUUAUAUAUUUAUAUAUAUGAAAUGAAUUAUUUUGACUGAUGAUGUGUAGGGGGUUGUGUUUUUAACUCUUUAUAUCUUGAUCUUGUUUGUUGGAAGUUUUUUGUUUGUAGCUUUUUAGGUCUAUCAUUGGCGUAUAAUGUUAGUAGUGAACAAUGUUUGUUUCAUGGGACAUCAAGAAGUUGGUGAUUACAACUCAUAGCCUUAAUC